AUGGUGGAAUGUCCAAUCUGCAGCAAGCAGGUGCAACAGGUCCGGAUCAACGACCACAUCGAUUCACAAUGCAAAGACUUCAUCUUCGAUAGCUCAGCUCCACCAGCUUCUUCGUCGCCAUGUGCUCCGCCGACCCAAUCCAAUGGCUUCUUCUCCUCAGCCCAAAAACGACCGCCUUCGAGCUUCUUCCAAACGCCCUCGACGAAACGACAAGCGGUCCCCUCCAAAGUCCUUGCGCCAUCCGUUAGUGGUCUCAACAACAUGGCCAACCCGAAUGGCGGCAUGAAGCGAACGUUCGAUGAAGGGCCGGGCGAGGGAUCUUCUAUGGGCGAAGCCGGGGAGCAAGCAGAAGACAGACCGCCAGUAGAGACUGGCCCGGCAAUCAAGCGGACCAAGACGAACAAGGCUGUGCCUCUGGCUGAGCGCAUGAGGCCGCAAAACCUCAAUGAUGUAUUUGGGCAAGAUCUCGUGGGACCACAGGGCGUGCUGCGCUCGCUGAUCGAGUCAGAUCGAGUGCCUUCGAUGAUAUUAUGGGGAGGCUCCGGCACAGGCAAGACGACGAUAGCACGGUGUAUAGCGCAAAUGGUGGGAUCGCGAUUCAUCGAGUUGAACGCUACGAGCUCCGGGGUCGCAGAGUGCAAGAAGCUGUUCGCCGAGGCGGAGAACGAUCUGAGGCUUACCGGUCGGAAGACCAUCAUAUUCUGCGACGAGAUUCACCGCUUCUCCAAGUCACAACAGGAUGUCUUCCUGAAGCCCGUGGAAGCAGGCACCAUUACGCUUGUUGGCGCUACCACCGAAAACCCCAGCUUUAAAGUCGUGAACGCGUUGUUGUCCCGCUGUAGGACCUUCACCCUCCAGAAGCUUACGACUGAAGACGUCAACCGCAUUCUGCUGCGCGCGCUACAGAUGGAACAGUCCACCUCAUCUACGCCCAUCUCCCCCCUGCUCGACGCCGAACUGCUCAGCUACUUAUCCAACUUCUCCGACGGCGACGCCCGCACAGCCCUCAACCUCCUUGAACUCGCGCUCUCCCUCUCCAUCCAACAAAACACGACCAAAGCCGAUAUCAAAGCCGCCCUCACCAAGACGCUAGUGUACGACCGCGCCGGCGACCAACACUACGACACCAUCUCCGCCUUCCACAAAUCCGUCCGGGGCUCCGACCCCGACGCCGCGCUCUACUACCUAGCCCGCAUGCUGCAAUCCGGCGAGGACCCUUUAUUCGUCGCCCGCCGCAUGGUCGUCAUAGCCUCCGAGGACGUCGGACUAGCAGAUAACAGCCUCCUCACUCUCGCCACGUCCACAUACACGGCAACACAGCAGAUAGGCAUGCCUGAAGCCCGAAUCCCGCUCGCGCACUGCGCCGUGGCGCUGUGUCUCGCGCCCAAGAGCACGAGGGCGUACAGGGGGUUGAAUAAUGCGUAUGCAGCGUUAAGGGAACCGGGGGUUGCGGGACUGCCGGUGCCUAUACAUUUGCGGAAUGCGCCAACGAGAUUGAUGAGGGAGUUGGGGUAUGGGGUUGCAUAUAAGUAUAAUCCUAAUUAUAAGGACGGUAAAGUGAGGCAGGAUUACUUGCCUGAUGAUUUGCUUGGGCGCAGGUUCUUGGAGGAGAGGGAUUUGGGGAUUGAAGUUGAUCCGGAUUUAGUUAUGGAGGAUGGUUGA